AGAGCUGUAAAUGUGGUUCAUAGCUCUGCAACUAAGAAGAACCUGGAAUGGCAAGAGAAGCUCCCUGUUGUUGUUUUAAAAGCUGAAGAAAUAAUGUAUUCCAAAGCCGAUUCUGAGGCUGAGUAUAUGGACCUUAAGACUCUGUGGGAUCGAACAAAUGAUGCCAUUAACACAAUCAUUAAACGUGAAGAGAGUACUGAAACUGGGGAGCUUCUUCCUCCUUGUAUUGAAGCUGCUCUGAAUUUGGACUGCACACCGAGAAGAACCUUGAGGAGCCAGCGGAAUUGUAAUCUGAGGUGUUACCUUUAUCCGGGACCUCAAGAGGCCGAAGGCAUUGCUCGAGGAAAUGUCACAGAGAACUCGCAUUGCACGGCUAGUUAUUCCGGCAUCGCGGAACCGACAACGAUGAAUGUGACUCAUUUGGGGUUUGCAUCUGAGAAUGGUUCUCUUGCUAGUAAUAAUCCAUGCUUACCUAACUUGUAUUCGGUUUUUCCUCUGUUCAAUGGAAACCACCUUAGAUUCGAAGUGCCGUGGCAUGACUUCGGGGUCUUCCCGAAGUCGAUUUCUAAUGCGGUGGAGCCUGCGAAAACGAGUUACAUUCAUAACGUCUUGUUUUCCGAUGCGGACUCUUCCAAUGCUUCUAAGAACCCACAUGGAUUUUCCUGCGAUCUAUCUUUGAGGCUGGGGCCUAUUUCAACACCUUGCUCGAGUGUUGGAAAUGAUCAGGCUUGGGAAACAGGGAAAAGUUUAUCUUCCUUUCUUUGGGGCAACGGAGAUGAUCCCUCAAACUCGACCUCAAACGAACGGAGCUUUGAAGGUGAGAACGAAGAUACAACAUCAAGAAAGCGUAAGACGAUAUAUGGUGGGGCAGCUGAUUAG